AUGGCCAGCCAGGUGAUGAUGUCACAGUGGGGGUCAAGAGCCAGAGGGACCUCCUGAAUCACUGUUGGGGAAUGAGGCUCAUUGUAAGUACAACAUUUAACAUCAGACCCAAAACUAUCAACCCCGGUGCCUUACAAAAUCUGCUGUGUGGUUGUUGACUUUACUCAAACACUUGUAUAGCACUUAGUCACCAUAAUAGCUAUUUGAAAUUGUAUACUGCAGUUAGAGUAAUGAGAUUCUAAGCAUUCUUUACAUAUAUUACAUGCCUAUAACAGAAAAUAACACUUCACUCAGGUUUUGACAUGUUUUGUUAUCUGGCAAAAAUGUCCUGGCGGCUGUACGCCCUGAACAAAGACUAGAGCAGUUCCUGCACCCCGCCUUAAAUAAACAACAUGGCUCUGUGGAACAAAAUGUUUUCAUAAACCGUAUAAGGCCACUCAAGAUGAGUACAAUCCCUUCAAACUUGUCAGUCCAGAACAUAACAUUGAAUUAAGGCCUGAUGCAUGUUAUCACACGCAAAUCCAAAAGGAAAACCUCACCGCUGCCCAGGUCCGAGUGCUUCUCUAACUGGACUUCUCUAAUCAGAGCUGUGGCCUUCCUCAUCCAUAUUGCUAGUUCAUACAAGCUUGCAGACCGUUCCACAGAUUGUAGUGGAUGGGCCCAGUGCAACAGACAUUGGACACAAGAUGAACUGUCUCAAGCUGCGAAGGUCAUCAUAUUUGCAGUCCAAAAAGAGGCCUUCCCAGCUGCAAAAAACCGUGCCCAAGAACAGCUGGGCUGGAAUAAGGCUUGAUUGGAAUUGGUGGCAGUCUCAAGCAUGCACCAAUGGACUCUGGGGAGAAAAACCUGAUGGUUCUGCCCAAACAAAGCCACAUUUCCACAUUGUUUGUCCACAAUCAUCAUGAAAAGGUGAAUCAUCAAAGUCGUCACUUCACUGAAGGAGCACUCAGAUCUUCUGGUCUUUGGAUCAGCAGGAGCAAACGACUUGUCAGUUCAGAUGUACAUGAAUGCAUCAACUGCCGACAGCUCUGUGGCAAGAUAGAUGAGCAAAACAUGGCAGACUUGCCACCAGAACACCUAAACACAUCUCCCCCCUUUACCUACAUGGGACUAGAUGUGUUUGGACCUUGGUCAGUUGCCACAUGACGGACGAGAGGUGGGUAUGCUGAGAGCAAACGUACCUGCCUUAGUAUCAGAGAGGUGCACAUUGAGGUUAUUGAGUCCAUGGACACCACCAGCUGCAUCAAUGCACUUAAGGCACUUUUUUGCAAUUCGUGGACCUGUGAAUUACAUAACAUGAGAUUGUGGAACAAACUUUGUUGGAGCCAGCAAGGAGCUCGGACUCAGCAAGCAACGACAGGAUGCUAAUGUUGUAGAUACCUGAGUGACCAUGGCUGUUCCUGGGAGUUCAACCCCCCUCAUGCUUCGCACAUGGGAGGCACCUGGGAAUGGAUGAUUGGAGAAGCCCGCAGAAUUCUUGACUGCAUGCUACAACAAACACAUACUCAUCUUUCCCAUGAAGUCUUGUGCAUACUGAAGCCUCUGCCAUCAUUAAUGCUAAACCCCUUGUCCCAGUUUCCACUGACGGUGAUUCACCAUUCCUCUUGACGUCUGCAACACUACUUACCCAAAAGGCUGGAACUCCUCCUCCACCAUGUGAAAUCACUGACAAAGACCUACGCCAUAGGGCUUCAAUCCUCUCAUGGGGACGCCCCCAGCCAUCUCACAGUUUAAUUGUUGCCCUGAAAUAGCUCACCUGAAUCAAAACAGGUUAGGGCUUGUAAAUUAGUUAAAAGGUUGAUCCAGGAGUGCUAGCUCUGGGAUACAUCUAAUAGAUGGAAUGGCUGGGGGGUCCCCAGGAGAGGGUUGGAGACCUAUGACCUACACCAAAGCCAUUGAAGGCAGGUGUAUGUUUUUGCUAAACAGUUUUGAACCCGCUGGAAACGCCAGUACUUACCAACGCUUCAGAGUCAUCACAAGUGGAAUGAGUCGCUGUGAUCUGCAGAAAGGUGACAUGGUGCUGCUAAAAAACAGUCACACUACAUGUAACAAGUGGCCUAUGGCACUGAUUACCUCUACCUUUCCAAGCCAGGAUGGAAAGAUGCAAAAGAUCAAAUAAAGGACCAUGGCUCAAGGUACAAUGACCUGCGUCAUCGGUCAAUGUUCUUUUCUCCAAAGGGGACUGAAAACUCUGUUUUGUUUAUUGUAAAUAAUUGUUAGUGGCAUCACAGAUGCCAAGCAGGGAGAGUUCAGCCUUCCCGGCCUUAUAUUUCUUUUAGUUUAUUUAGCACUGGUAGUGGCCACAAUCAGUACUGCAACAGUAGGAAAUGGGAAGUAGAAAGCACAUUGUUUACAUAUUUCUUGAUGGAUGAAUGUUUGCAGGCUGCAACAACAUCUUUCAUCCAUCCUUUGAUUUUCACUACCGUAAGCAUCGCAUGUGAGAUAGACAAGUGGGUUUAUCUAACUCAGCAGUGCCUUUGUGUGUGACAAUUGGGCUCAUACAGGUAGAAAUCGUGUUUCCUGGGAAUCAGGCAAGCUAAGUGAAAAACAACAAUGGGAAACAACCAGAGUCUCCUUGAGAAGAAAGGAUACAAUAUACAGAACGAGAUAGAGAAUGGUGUCAUUGCUACAGACAAAGAUGGUGACGCAUUUGUAAUCAAAGAAAUCAAACUUGAGACUGCUGAUGCUCAAAACAUACUCUCUAAGAUGAGAUCUCUCAUGGAAAUAAGUCACCCUCAUAUUGCAAGCUACAGAAACUCUUUUCAAGAUGGUAAUAGUUACUAUGUAGUUAUGGACCUUUGUGAGGGUGGAGAUCUGUCACAGAAGAUAAGAGAGAGAAGGAAGACUGGGACCCCUUUCUCAGAAGAACAGAUCAUGGACUGGCUUGUUGAGAUCUGCAUGGCUCUGAAGUGUGUCCAUGAUAAGAAUCUUCUUCACAGAGACCUGAGACCACAGAAUAUCUUCCUCACUAAGUUUGGGACACUUUGUUUGGGAGAUUUUGGAAGAGUCACUGAAAAUGGUAGAAGACCUUCAGAUAAUGGAGAAUUGGCCUAUUUAGGUCCAGAGAUUCUGAAAGGUGGAACUUAUAACAACAAAAGUGAUAUAUGGUCCCUGGGGUGUGUGCUGUAUGAGAUGUGCAUGCUUCAGUCUGCAUUCCAUGCAGAGAGCACAGUCAACCUCAUCCCUAAAAUAUUAGGUAGCUCUUACCCAUCUCUCCCAGCGAGAUUCCCACCUGAGCUCCGUGACCUGCUACGUGACAUCUUCCAACAAGACACAUCCAGAAGGCCUUCUGUUGAUGAAAUUCUUGCAAAACCCUUCAUUAUUUGUUUCCUCAGGGAAAAGAAUUGGAAAACAAUGAAAGUACUCCAGACAAAUGUGGACAAGCUGAAAGCGUUGGCAGACGGCUUGGAGCGUGUGCACCAGGGCACCACCAUAGGCAGUCUGACAGGAGGUGUUAUUGGGGCCGCUGGAGGAAUCACCUCCAUAGUGGGACUCAUCCUAGCUCCCUUCACUCUGGGCGCCUCCCUAAUCGUUACUGGGGUCGGUGUUGGGGUGGCUGUCGCUGGUGGAGCCACAGCCGGAGUAUCAAACAUAACCAACAUGGUCAAUCAGUCUACAGACCGAAAAGCCAUCAAGAACAUCAUCAAGGAGUUCCAGGAGAAGAUGACCUGUGUGGUGACAUCUAUCCAAGACAUGGCUAGGGGGUUGGAGGCACUGAGGACAAGUGUCCACUUUGACGCAGAAAGUUACCAAUCUACAAAUGAGAAUGCGUCAAGGGCUAGUGCACGAGUUGUAAGGGGCCUAGGGGGCAUUCCUGAGCUUGUCCGAUUGGUCCAAGUGACCAACAUCGGCAGGGUUGCAGCCCAAGCUGCCAGGGCAGUGCGUGUGGCAGAAGUGUUAACAGGAAUAUUCUCAGCCUUUUUUGUAGCGGUUGAUGUUUUUUUCAUCGCUGUGGAUGCCAAAGAGAUCCACAACAUUCGACAAGUGAAGGCAAACAAGCAGUCUGGUGAUACCUCAGAGGCUGAGGUUAAGUCAGAGACCAUGAAGUUCAUCCAGACAAUCCGACAGACAGCUGAUCAGCUGCAGGAUAGCCUGGAUGAACUGAAUAGCGUAAUUUCAGACCUGUAAUAACUGAGUGUAUAGUCAGUUGAAGUGAUGCCAAAACAACAAAUAGAGCAGAUUUUAUUCAUUCAAGUCAUCAUCAUCUUCCGCUUAUCCGGGGCCAGGUCACGGGGGCAGCAGUCUAAGCAGAG